GCACAGAGAACCAAAAUGUCAGCAAAUAAAUAAGGCUACUCCAAGUAAUUGCUCAAGACCUUCUGAAUUAUAAAAUGUAUUACACCAGAGUUAAGAUCUGAAAGAAGGGAUGGAUAGGAAACACUAGAAAUAAACACAUUUUCAGCACAGGUAUGCCUACCUUUCUAGAAAAUGCAAUGAAAACAGAAAAACAAUGUGACAGAAGAAAAGGAGAACAAGCUAGUCCUUUUAUCUCAUCUGGAAGGCUGGAAAAGCUGUGUGGGAGAAACAAAACCCUUUGUAGCAUAUUUUGUUAUUAUAUCAUGUCUUCUGAAGCACUGAAAUAGAGCAGUGCCAAACUUUAUACAAAUUUUCUCAGAAUUAACCAGAUAGGAAAUCGAGGAGAGGCAGUAGCCAUGCUGUGCUACUAUUUAAACAAUAAGGACUUUGUACUUUGCCUGGAAUUCGUGUAAAACCUGCAUAGCUGUUCCCAUUUGAUGGCUGUUCCAGUUCACUGGCUGUUGCUGGCAGGGAUCCCAGUGUGUCCAUGCUGGAGAGAGGGGGAAGGGAGAGCAAGAAGAACAGGAGCCAGUUCCUGCCUGCUUUCACCCACACACCUUUUAGAGAAUCAGGACUGCUCAGCACAUCCAGGAGCAAGAGGGAUUUCGGAACCAGAAUAACUGAGAAGAGGAAUUUGUAUGAGUGACAGACUAUGUACCUGUUUCAUAAAAUGGAAAACUAUGAAGUUUACCAUGGGAAACAAGGGAGAUACUUAAACAUUUGGCUAAUCUUGUGCCUGUUUCCAAGAACCUGUGUAUCAAAUCCUUCCAAACCUAACUUUUUACUGAUACUGGCUGAUGACCUUGGUAUUGGAGAUGUGGGUUGCUAUGGCAAUGAUACAAUAAGGACCCCUAACAUUGAUGGCCUGGCAAAGGAUGGAGUGAGACUUACUCAGCACAUUGCUGCAGCAGCUGUCUGUACUCCAAGCAGAGCUGCUUUCCUGACUGGCAGAUACCCCAUCAGAUCAGGCAUGGCAUCCAGUACUCAAAGGCAGGUUCUCUUCUGGAAUGGUGGUUCGGGGGGACUCCCACCAAAUGAAACUACUUUUGCCAGAAUACUCUACCAGCAAGGUUAUUCUACAGCACUUGUAGGGAAGUGGCAUAUGGGUGUGAACUGCAAAACCCGCCAUGACCACUGCCACCAUCCUUUAAAUCAUGGUUUUGAUUAUUUUUAUGGUAUGCCUUUUACCCUUGUCAAUGAGUGUCAAGGCACAGAUGACCCUGAAUUGGCCAAGUCUUUGCAAGAUACGUAUUGGUUUUACACUCAGAUGAUCAUCCUUGCAGUAUUUACUCUUGUGAUUGGAAAACUUGCCAAUUUAUUCCCAGUAAAAUGGAAAAUAAUCAUCUGUCUGGCUAUCUGUGGUCUCCUUCAUUUCAUCUCCUGGUUCUCCAGCUAUGGUUUCACCAAGUACUGGAACUGCAUCCUGAUGAGAAACCAUGAUAUCACUGAACAACCAAUGAACCUACAAAAAACUACUUCUAAUGUGCUGAAGGAGGCAAUUACAUUCAUUGAAAGAAACAAGCAUAGACCAUUUCUUCUCUUUGUUUCCCUUUUACAUGUUCACACCCCUCUCAUUACCACAGAGAAGUUUCAGGGAAGAAGCAGGCAUGGCCUGUAUGGAGAUAAUGUAGAGGAGAUGGACUGGAUGGUGGGCAAGCUUGUGGAUGUUAUUGACAAAGAGGACUUGAAGAAUACCACAUUCAUUUAUUUUGCAUCGGAUCAUGGAGGAUUCUUAGAGGCUCACAGAGGAAAUUCUCAAUUGGGUGGAUGGAAUGGGAUAUAUAAAGGUGGAAAAGGAAUGGGAGGCUGGGAAGGAGGAAUCCGUGUCCCAGGUAUAGUUAGAUGGCCAGGAGUGUUGCCUGCGGGGACAGUUAUCGAUGAACCUACAAGCCUCAUGGACAUUUAUCCUACAGUAGUUCAACUGGCUGGAGGAGCAGUGCCUCAGGACAGGGUCAUGGAUGGGCACACCUUGCUGCCCCUGCUGCAGGGGACAGAGCAGCACUCCAGGCACGAGUUCCUGUUCCACUACUGCGGUGUGUUCCUGCACGCAGUGCGCUGGCACCAGAAGGACAGUGGCACCGUAUGGAAAGCUCAUUAUGCUACUCCAGUAUUUCAGCCAGAAGCCUCUGGGGCCUGUUUCAGAAGAGGAAUUUGUCCAUGUUUCGGGGAUGGUGUAACCCAUCAUGACCCUCCACUGCUGUUCAACCUCUCACAAGAUCCAUCUGAGGCAAAUCCUCUCUCAGCUGACACUGAGCCCUUGUUUGACACUGUGGUGAGGAGAAUGAGAAGAGCAGUGGAAGAGCACAGCAAGACUCUGACCCCAGUCCCACAACAGCUGUCUCCUUACAAUAAUAUAUGGAAGCCAUGGCUGCAGCCAUGCUGUGGCACAUUCCCGUUCUGUUGGUGUCAUGAAGAAAAUAGCAAAGCAUAGUCUAAUACCAAAGUACAGUUAGCUUUAAAGAAAUUGAUAAUUUUUCACAUUCACAUGACUACAGUCAUAAAGAGAUUAAAGAUUAAAUUAUACUGGGAUAACAAAAAGGGACAUUAGUGACUGGUUUUUUUCUACCUUUUCUCUUAUCAAUGGUAAUUAAUUAAGGCUGUGGUAAAAAAAAUAAAUAAAAAUUAGGGGUCAUCUGUAUAAUCUAUCCCUCAAGUGAAUAAUUCAGGAUUAAAUACCAAAUAAAUGAAUCAAAGUUUAUUUUCUUACUGACUUACAAUUCAAGCAAAUUAUGACAGAUAAAAAAGCAAAUUUUCAAUAGCAAUUGUCUGUAUACAAAAUAUGCUUGUUGAGAGAACAGGACUGAGCCCAAGAGAGUAUCCCUAUUCAGGCCAUAUGUUUUUAAUGAAAAGUAACCAUUUGCACAAAAAUGAAAGGAUUAUGAAAAUGAAAAAAAUAAUGAAAUGUAAAAUUGCACAUUUAAUUUUGAAAGAUACCAAAAUGCAUUGGCCUCUCAGAAAUAAACACCUAUUAAAUUAGAGCAAUUUUUUGCUUCAUUAUCUGUACAUUGAUUUGUCUGUCAUGAAAGAUUUCGUGGGGAAAACUGAACUGACAAGGAUGUUUUAAAAAUUAGAUAGGUAAAGUUAGCAUCUCAAGAGCAGUAGCAAAGUACCUAGCUAUUCUGAAAUGUUAAACCACAACAAUUCUUACUGAUAUGUGUUUUACAUGUAGUUAGGUCAUCUCACUUGUAAGAACUCCUGGCUGCCUUAAGAAGAUUGCAAAAUUUGGGAUCUAUCUGUGAGACCACUUCAUAAGCCUGAAUGUCCUACUUGAGUGACAAUGCCUCUGAUUUCAUAGGAAUGCCAUUAUGCCUCCUGAAAAAUAUUCUUUGUUCAGUGAAAAAACACUAUGUUUUCAGUAGGAGGUGUUAAAAAAAAUCACCUCACAGUAUCAUCACAGGUCAUCUUCCCCAAGCCAAACAAGUCUCAGUACUCUGUACAGUCAUUAGGGAAAAGGAGGGUAUUAAAAUACCUAAUCCUCUCUUGCUGCCCUUAGGUUAAAUAAAUUCAUCUCUCAAGAUAUAAUCCUAACCAUGCUC